AUGCCCGACGCGGAUCUGAAGAACGCCAUCCUGCAGCUCACCAAUCUCAUCGCGCGGCAGCAGCACCAGAUUGAAGCGCAGCAGCAGCAAAUCGAAAAUCUGGGAAUCCGUGGCCACCCCGGCUCCGGCAGCGAGAAAAUCAUCGAGUCUUUGGCAAGCGGCAUUCAAGAUUUCCAGUACGAUCCGGACGGCGGAGUUUUCUUCGAUGGCUGGUACGCGAGGUACGAGGACGUCAUCACGAAGGACGGCCAAUCCCUGGACGACGCCGCCCGUGUGAGGUUGCUUCUACGCAAGCUAAGCACACCUUUGCACGAAAAGUACGUGAAUACCAUUCUUCCCAACCACCCCCGGGACUUCACCCUGGACGAGACCGUCACGAAGCUGAAGAAGUUGUUCGGUCGGCAGAAGUCGGUCUUUCAUUCCCGUUACCAAUGCCUGCAGUACGCAAAAAGUGACGCGGAUGACUUCACCUCGUAUGCUGCCAUGGUGAGCAAACACUGUGAAGCGUUUCAACUCUCCAAGCUCACCCCGGAUCAAUUCAAGGCGCUCCGUUUCGUCUGUGGACUCCAAUCGCCACGGGAUGCGGACAUCCGAACAAGAUUGAUCUCGAAGCUGGAAGCCGACGAAACCGCAGUCAACGAACAGGGAGAAGCGGCCAGCAAGGUCACCCUGGAGAACCUCGUGGAAGAAUGCCAUCGCGUGUCCAACCUCAAACAGGACACACUGAUGGUGGAGAACAAGGAAGCACGCAACGUCAACAUUGUCUCCCGCAAGCCGAAGAAUCCUGUGAAAAAUCCGAAAAUUCCCAAAACGCCCUGCUAA